CAGCCCGGCGACUCUUGACGCAACCAAUCGGAACUCAGAGGAAGGGGAGGAGGCGGGCCAAAGCACUUGGAGGAGGACGUGAAGUUUAGUUGCCGCCGCCGCCGCCAUUUUGUGCUGAGGGCUGUUGCUGAGCUCUAGCCACCAUGGUGAAACUUUUUAUCGGCAACCUUCCCCGGGAAGCCACGGAGCAGGAGAUCCGCUCCCUUUUUGAGCAGUACGGCCGAGUCCUGGAGUGUGACAUCAUCAAGAAUUAUGGGUUUGUGCACAUUGAGGACAAGACGGCUGCCGAGGACGCCAUCCGCAACCUGCACCACUACAAGCUGCACGGCGUCUGCAUCAACGUCGAAGCCAGCAAAAACAAGAGCAAGGCUUCCACCAAGCUGCACGUGGGCAACAUCUGCACCAGCUGCACAAACCUGGAGCUGCGGACCAAGUUUGAAGAAUACGGCCCUGUGCUUGAAUGCGAUAUCGUAAAAGAUUAUGCCUUUGUGCACAUGGAAAGAGCCGAGGAUGCUGUUGAGGCCAUCAGAGGCCUUGACAACACGGAAUUCCAAGGCAAACGAAUGCGCGUGCAGUUGUCCACCAGCCGGCUCAGGACCGCGCCCGGGAUGGGAGACAAGAGUGGCUGCUACCGGUGUGGGAAGGAAGGUCACUGGUCUAAAGAGUGCCCAGUUGACCGCACGGGGCAAGUGGCCGAGUUGACCGAACCUUAUAGCGAGCAAUACGGAAUGGUGCGCACCCCCUACCCUACAGGCUAUGGGGAUGCCGUGUAUUACGAUGACCCCUAUGGAAUGGUGGAUUACUAUAAACGGUAUCGCGCGAGAAACGCUGCGGCUUAUGGGGCCUCUGCAUACGACACUUAUGCGGAGCACACCAUGGCCCAGUAUUCCCAGUACGCCCAGUACUCGCAAGCCACGGCCAUGGCCAGUCGCCUCUCGACCACCUUAGACCCCUACGAGAGGCCCCUACUGCCAACCUCGGGAACGGCCGCCGCGGUAGCCGUCGCUGCUGUGGCCGCGACGUCGUCCUUUUACACCCGGGAUAGAAGCCCUCUGCGUCGCUCGGCCGCUGCGGCUUCCACCGCUGGAGACGUGUACGGAUACGAGCGCGUUCAGCUGUCUCCCGUCCCGCGAACCUCCCUCUACGAUGUCCAGCGUUUCGGGCGGGAUGCAGGCGCGGACAGGUUGCGAUACUCCGCGUAUUGAGUCUCGAGUGGCUGAACCAGGUGCUUUACGAGCAGAAGCGCAAUUCGCAUCCGUGAAAUUAUAUUUGUGGACCUCUUCAUUUUGCCCCUGUAGCUAAUAGUUUCCCUCCGCAAAUAUGCCUUAAUUCUUAAGAAUGCAGUGAUGCUUGCGGGCCCCCUGCACGGAUUCUGGUGGAGCAAUUCCUUUUCUUCAUGAUGCUGUGAUUGCUGUGUUUUUCUCUGAUCCUUAAACCUGUGGUUUAUUUUCACUGGGUGACCUCCCCCUGCUGAAAGAUAAUACUCCUUCCUUUUUCCAAAUGGUUCUUCAUUUCUUUUUUUUUUUUUUAAAUAGUAAAACAAUUCUAGUUAUUCUCAACUCCUUGAAAUUCUUGGCUGCAUUUUCUUCCGGGUCGAUUUUCGGAAUUCUUCAUAUGACCAAGCAACAGAUGUACGAUACGUUUAUUGGCAGUCCUUUCCCAACACUUCCCAAGAAUGAAUUCCUUUCCCUGCAGCGUUUAAAAUACUUCCUGCAGAAUUUUCUGUCACUCUCCCCUAAUGUCUGCCUGAGGAGAGCUACCCGUAUAUUGACGUUCAUCUGAAAAUUGUAAUUCUGGGCACUGUGAGCUUGGGGGAAGGUGAGUAGCCAGUGUUGAAUUUCCCACUGGUUCCCUUUGACCUGCCAUUAAGAGGAACGGCCCAGGUUUUGUGGCGCUGGUGCAUUUUGGACGAAAAGCAAGUUCGCCAGAAUUGCAGGUAGUCCUCAACUUAACAACCACUCGUUUCGUCCAGAGUUGCAACAGCAGUGAGAAAAGGGACCGAUUACCAGUUUUCACGCUUAACGGCUGUUGCUCUAUUCCCCACGGUCACAGGAUCAAACUUUGGGUGCUUGGCAACCACGUGUGUUUAGGAUGGUUGCGGCCUCCUGGGGUUGGCUGUUGCGACCUUCCUGGGAAGCGUCCGACAAGUCGAAUCAACGGGGAAGCCGGGCUGGUUUUGACGCUCGCGUGUUUAACAGCUGUAGUGAUUCGCCUAACAGCCAAGUCGUAAAAUGGGGUCUGACUCACUUAGCAACUGCCUAGCUUAGCAAUGGCAGUGUUGGGCUGAACUGUGGUUGUAAGUCGAGGACUGCCAGCAAUCCAGCUUUCGCCGGGACGGUCGCUCCACAGUUUUCAAGCACAACAGCCGAAGUUCCCAAUGUUUUCAGUGAAAAGGAUCAGGGAGACCAGAGGAAAGAACGGCCUUUCUCGACCACAAGACGUCGGGAAAGCUGCCGCCAGCGUGGCAAAUAGACCCUAGCCAUCUGACCAAAGGGAUCUCGGCCUUAGAUCUGUUCCGAGGGUCAACCUUGUGGCCGCCAUCGACCUUCCAGAAGCAUCUAAUGCAGGAGAGGAGGACCUUGGCACUCUUGAGGCUUGCCCAGUAAAACGGGGGAGAGAAACUCAUCCCUAAUGUCUGUUUUGAAACCAACGGUUUAUUUUAAGCUUGAAAAUCACAAGAUGAUCCGUAGCUUGCGGAGGAGGAGAUCCUUCUAGAACGGGCGCGCCAAAAGUGGUUAAUAUUCUGACAAUCUCUUUUUUUUCUCCCCCUUUCAAUCAAAUACACUUCCUCCUUCUUCCCACCUGAGUUAAUGCUCUUAAGGCAGGGCUCUCCAACCUUGGCUACUGCCUGGGGAAUUAUGGGAGUCCACAAGUCUUAGAAAGUUGCCAAGGUUGGAGACCCCCCCCUGCUCUAAGGAAUGUGGGUGGGGCUCAGCCACGGGCAGCCCCCAGCACGGAGCCUGCAAAUGAACUGUGUCUUUUAUUUUUCAGGUAGGCUAUUUGAGGGCUGGACACCGGGCUCCUGUGGUACGUCCACGUCAAAGCUAUGCCAGCUUCACGAUGUGUCGAUUUGCGUUUAGCACGGUCUCACUAAUGGACAUUUCUGUGUGUCUCUGCGAAGCUUAGUGACAGCUAACAGUCCUUCUCUCUCUUUUUUUUUAAAUGAAACAACACAAAAAUCUUCCCCUCCCCCCAAGCCUUAUUGGAAAGAGGGGAGGGCAGGGCUGUAGGAAUUGGGGAGAGGUUGUUGAUGACUGGCCUUGUGCCCUUUGCUUGGGUCGAGCUCUGUCUAAGCCUGGACUUCGAGCGUAGACAGAAGGGAUCCCCCCCACACCCAGAAUAAACAAGAGACAAAUAACGUGGCCUUCCAAGGCUAGCUUUGGGCCAGUACUUUUUGCUCCAGUUCGAAUGGCAAUUUCUCCUCCCCUGUGUAGGCUUGAUUGUGGAACUCAAUAAUCUAGCUGACCCACUUCUCUCUCUCUCUCUCUCUCUUUUUUUUUUUUUUUUGUAUUAUGAGAAGACAUUGUCAUAUUUGGUAGCUACCUGCGUUUGGACUGUAGAAAGCUUCCCUUUUGCUAUGGAUAUUAUUAUUAACCUGUGACUUUCUGUUCUUUUGAAGUUGAUAUUUCUCUCCUUUUCUCCCCCCCCCUUUCUCCAAUAAAAUAAAAAAAAAAAACAUUUGUAACGGAUC